CUGAAACUGGACAAAUGCGGUGUGUGUGACGGGGACGGCUCCAAAUGCAAAACAAUCGAAGGGUCUUUCGAUGAGCGAAAUCUCUCGCCUGGAUACCACGAUGUCAUGCGAAUUCCGCCUAUGAAGAACUCGUCGACCAACUAUUUCUUGAACGGGAACUCUAUGAUUCAAGUGGAAAGGGAUGUCGAACUAAACGGUGUCCACUUCGAAUACGAUGAUGGAAAGCCGGAGAAAAUUACUGCUAAGGGACCGCUGGAGGAGUGCCCGCUGAUUUUCCGCAAAACAAGAGAAGUCGUCGUGUCUGUGCUGAUCCGUAAAGGAAACAGAGACGUUUCGGUCAAGUACGAGUUUUCCGUCCCAAUUGUUGAUGAGGUUGACUACAUGUACAAGCCUGGAGAAUGGUCGGCAUGUUCUGUCACUUGUGGAAAAGGUCAACAAACAAGGACACCAUAUUGCAUAGAAACCAAGACGCAAGCUCGAGUUGAUGAUCAACUCUGUGAUGACGCCAACUCAACGAAGCCGGAGUUCGAGAAGCCAUGCGAAACUGUAGACUGCGAAGCUGAAUGGUUCGAAGGCGAGUGGGAACCGUGUUCUCAAACUUGCGGUGAUAAGGGCGAGCAGUAUCGCGUAGUGUACUGCCAUCAGAUCUUCGCGAAUGGCCGACGAAUCACCGUCGAGGACGGAAACUGUACUUCCGAGCGACCAGCGGUGCGACAAGUGUGCAAUAGGUUUGCCUGUCCUGAAUGGCAAGCAGGGCCAUGGUCGGCUUGUUCUGAAAAGUGUGGAGAUGCAUUCCAAUAUCGUUCGGUCACGUGUCGAUCAGAGAAAGAGGGCGAAGAAGGCAAACUGCUGCCGGCUGAUGCAUGCAGUUCCGAAAACACCUUGGAAUCUCAACGAAGUUGCAAUCUUGGACCAUGCACUGGCCUUAAAUUCUUCACAACGGACUGGAAACUGUGCUCAAAGUGCAAUGAUACUGAGGAGACACGUGAGGUGACCUGCAAAGACACCCAAGGGCGUGCGUAUCCUCUAGAAAAGUGUCUGACAGAUGAUGAGAAGGAAAUACCACCAGACACCAGGUGGUCGACGAAGCAUUGUGUCAAGGUGAAAAGCCUGAAGGGAAAGACCAACUGUACCAAUGAAGAGAAGUGUACCGGCACAUGGUACAGUAGUCCGUGGUCACCGUGUAGUGUAGAGUGCGGAGGAGGAACUCAAGAACGUGUGGCAGUCUGCCUCAAUUAUGACAAGAAGCCGGUUCCGGAGUGGUGUGAUGAAGCCGAAAUGCCUACCCUAAACCAGGAGUGCAACACCGAUGAAUGCCCAUCAUGCUUCGAUUCCGAAUUCGGAUGCUGUCCUGAUAAUUCCACCUUCGCCACCGGAGAUUUCAAUCAGGGAUGUUCGAACUGCAGUCUCAGCGAAUUCGGAUGCUGUGCCGACAACUACACUGAAGCCACAGGUAAGGGCGGAAGAGGAUGCGAAGAGUUCGUUGAGUCGCCCUUGAACCUCGAGGAAGCCGGAGAAGGAUCUGGAGAAGAGGUAAGUCAUGUGCAGAAAUCUUCCGUAAUCACCAUGAGGUUACGGUGGGCAGAGACAUCACUUCACGCAUCCAUGGUAGCGGAUUCCAUUUUUUUAACGCAGAUGUUUGCGGUGAAAAGCGGCGAAUGUCAGGUGAAGAGCGAGAAUGGCGAAACGGCAACGGUGGACUGUGCUGCAGCAAAUGCUACGACAACAGAUUUCGACGGCCUUUUCGGUAAUGGUACCGAUGGAAACGGCACAAUGCAUUGCUCGAAAUCCGAGUUCGGUUGUUGUCCUGAUUGGUUCACUCCUGCCGAAGGACCGAAUAAUGCCGGAUGUCCAGAAUUCGUACUCGGUCCUCAUUCCCUUGCGAAUUGUCUGAACAUGGAUGUUGCGCAGAUGGUGAAACGAGCUGCACUUGGAGCAAAUGGCACCGGAUGUGGAGAGAACUGUCUGACGACGAAGUACGGCUGCUGCCCAGAUGGUAAGGGUACUGCAAAAGGACACCAUAAUGAAGGAUGUGGAUGCGUAUAUGCGCAGUAUGGAUGUUGUCCUGAUGGAAAAACCUCUGCGAAGGGAGCUGGAUUUUACGGAUGUCCUGACAGCUGUGCACAGAGUCAAUUUGGUUGCUGUCCUGAUGGUAGACGCGCUGCCGAGCGUCCCAUAAAAGGCUGCCCGGUACAAACACUCAUAUGGAUGCUGCCCGACCCGAGCAAACACAGCCUCGGACCAAGAAAUGAUGGCUGCGAUGACUGUAGAUAUGCUAAAUACGGCUGUUGCCCGGAUGGCGAAAGCAAAGCGAUAGGCCCUGACUACGCUGGCUGCCCAUCAACCACAUUAGCUCCCUUCCUACUUGGUGGUACUGUUGCACCAUCGAAAAUAUCGUCAUGUGCACUGCCACAGGAUCAAGGAACAGUUUGCUCGUCUGGGUACAAACUGGUCUGGUACUACGAUACGGCCGAGGGACGUUGUUCCCAGUUUUGGUACGGAGGAUGUGAUGGUAACGACAAUCGCUUUGCCACGAAAGAGCAGUGUGAGACAAUCUGCGUAGAACCACCCGGCAUAGGUGAGCCAUUUUUGCAGUGGUUUCCACUGAUUGGUUGCUUGACGAAAAACGCUGGUAGAGCGUAUACUACUUUCUGUAAAGACGUUGGACCAUUCGCGACGACAGCAGCACCAGCUCCUCAACCACCUCAACCGCCACAAAUGCCACAGGUUGUUGCCCAUCCCAUUCCUGAUGAGCGACCGACCCCAGGACAGAGAUACGAUGAUCGCCCGCGGCAGCCUAUGCAAACGAUGGAAGAAGUGUGUCGAUCUACACAAGACUCUGGCCCCUGCCAGGAUUACUCAGAUCAAUUUUACUACGACGCCUAUAAAGGAACCUGCGAGACGUUCAUUUAUGGUGGCUGUGGGGGAAACCUCAAUCGUUUCCGUACUGAGGAAGAAUGUAUGCAACGCUGUGGUUUCCUAAAUCCAACGGCCAGCCCCCCUCAUCGAGGGCAUGAAGAUCCGAGUCAUCGAGCACAACCACAACAACCGGAAUCCGAUUCACCUCAGCAACCGCAACCGACGUAUCCGGACCAACGUCAGCAGGGACCAGUGCGACCACCACCGCCAGUCGUGCCACAGCAGCCA